GGGGGAACAAGCUGAACAAGUAAAACGACAAAUACUAUACAAAGGAUUGAUGCACUUAUUAGCAGGGACUGCCUACUGGUAGGCAACACAGGUUAGGCAAACGCUCAAGGUACAUCCACACUAACUUCAGCCCUUUAACACAAAGGAGCCAGCACACCUAUAGAAGAUGGGGUCAGAGAUCAAAGUAGGGCCAAUGCGUGUCCUGGUGACUGGUGGAUCUGGGUUGGUGGGCAAAGCCAUUGAGCAUGUGGUGCAGCAGGAAGGUGGGAAACUGGAGGGAGAAGAAUGGAUCUUCCUCUCUUCCAAGGAUGCUGAUCUUGUAGACGUUGGUCAGACCAGGGCUGUGUUCGAGAAGUAUCGACCCACUCAUGUCAUCCACCUGGCUGCAAAAGUUGGAGGACUCUAUCUACACAUGAGGGAGAAUCUGCACUUUUUGAGAAACAACCUCAAAAUCAAUGACAACGUCCUACAAACAGCCCACGAGAUGGGUGUCACCAGGGUCGUGUCUUGCCUGUCCAGUUGCAUCUUCCCUGACAAAACCACAUACCCUAUCGAUGAGACCAUGAUACACAACGGAUCACCCCAUAGCUCCAAUUUUGGAUACUCGCAUGCUAAAAGGAUGAUUGAUGUUCAGAACAGGGCAUACUUUCAGCAGUAUGGUCAUCAUUACACAGCGGUCAUCCCGACCAAUGUGUUUGGUCCCUAUGACAACUUCAACAUAGAAAAUGGUCACGUGCUGUCUGCACUAAUGAACAAGACAUACAAGGCCAAAAAGGAAGGAACUGCUGUGAAUGUCUGUGGCUCUGGAGCUCCUAGGAGACAGUUCAUCUACUCUCUGGAUGUGGGUCGUCUAAUCAUUUGGGCCCUGAGAGAAUAUGAAGAAAUUGAACCUAUUAUCCUCUCUGUGGGUGAAGAAGAUGAAAUCUCAAUCAAAGAGGCCAUGGACUUGAUUACAAAGGCUCUGGACUUCAAAGGCAAAAUACAUUUUGACACCACCAUGUCAGAUGGACAGAUGAAGAAGACAGCCAGCAAUGCCAAACUAAGACGCUACCUUCCCGACUUCCCCUUCACACCUCUUGAAGAAGCUAUAAAGAUGACUUGCGACUGGUUCGUAGCCAACUAUGACAUUGCCCGGACAUGAGGUGACCAAACACUGAGCUGAAACACACUAUUCUUUGGUUUUGGUGUAAAGCAAGUUACAAUAUUGGUUUAUACAGUGCCACAUUAAACGAUGCUUAACAUAUUA